AUGAGUGUGACAUCAUGGUUUUUGGUGAGCAGCUCCGGCACUCGGCACCGGUUGCCACGGGAGAUGAUCUUCGUGGGCCGUGAGGACUGUGAGCUCAUGCUGCAGUCCCGCAGUGUAGACAAACAGCAUGCUGUGAUUAACUACAACACUGCUACAGAUGAGCAUUUGGUGAAAGAUCUUGGCAGUUUAAACGGGACCUUCGUGAAUGACCUGAGGAUUCCUGAUCAGACGUAUAUCACACUCAAACUCUCUGACAUCAUUCGCUUUGGAUAUGAUUCCCAUGUGUACAUUCUGGAGCGAAGUCAACACCGAGUACCGGAGGAGGCUCUGAAGCAUGAGAAAUACAGCAGCCAGCUGCAGAUGGAGUUAAAAUCCUCAGAGCUGAAGAAGAAAGAGCUGCAGGACGACAGGACGAAGACAGACAGGUCUGAACGCAAGAGUCUCACAGAAGCCUCUGUGUGUCGUCCCACUCCUCUGUAUGGUCAGCCCUCAUGGUGGGGAGAAGAUGAUUCAGGAAAUAAAGACUUCAUUAAUGAAGGACGUAAAACAGACGAGAGUCGAUCAGAAAUCCUGAAGGAGGCAGAAGUGAAUGGUUCUGUUCAGGAAUUUCGUGAUGGCCAAAGCAAGUCUACGUUCCUGUACCAUCGAGAACCAAGUUAUUUUGAAAUUCCCACCAAGGAGAUUCAGACACACUCCAAAUUUACAGAAAUGGAGCUGAACGACAUUCCCACUAAGGACACAGAUGCUUUACUGAAAUCCACUCCACCUGUUUACCAGAGCCACGCCUCAUUCACUAUCGAGUUCGAUGAAUGUACACCGGGAAAAAUUAAAAUCAAAGACCAUGUGACCAAAUUCUCAUCUCGCCAGCGCAGUAAACAGUCGAGUACAAAAGUGACCAGCGGCGCACCCACGGAGGUCCAAUCUCCAGAGAGCAAGGUCGCUGAUUGGCUGGUUCAGAGUGAUGUUGGUAUGAUGUCAUCUCGGCGGCCAACCAGCGAUGAUGUCUACAGCACCAAGAGUGACCUUGCAAUGCACAUCAGGACGCUCAAAGGCCACCAUCAUGAAGAUGGCACUCAGAGUGAUUCUGAAGAUCCUGUAAUAAAAGGAAAGAGGAGUAAAUCUCAUCAUCCAGUCCAAUCAGAGGAAUCAAAUGUGGCAGAAAUAUUGGAACCAUCUGAUUCUUACAAAACUCAAUCACCACAUAAAAAUAUUCAUGACUUCUCCAAUGUUCCUGAAGGAACUGCAGUAGAAGAGCCUUCACCUUCAACUCAAAGCCAGAUGAAAUGUGGGCAUCAGGAACCUCUGAGCCAGCAGGCCUUUAUUAUUGAAUUUUUUGAUGAUAAUCCACGUAAGAAACGUUCCCAGUCUUUUACCCACAACUCCGUGCAUGGUGAUAAUUAUUCAGCUCUCAAAGCGAAAUUGGAGCGGCGUAAAGGAGCUGAAAGGCCUGCAUCUGUUCAUGGAAAUAUUCCAACUACACAACAGGUCACGGUCCCUCUAAAGGGUUUAAGUCAUGGCAUUCAUCAGAGAUCGAGCUCACUAAAGAGGGAGAAAACAGAGGACGGGAUGAGCAAGGGUGGCACGUCCCCUUCGUCUUCGGGCACUUCCUGUUCCAUCACUUCCUCAUCCUCUCGCUCUUCUCCAGCAAUCACCAUCAAACCUUUUGGCAGCAUUGGAAAGAAGUCCAAACUUGCUCAAGAGUUUGUUAAGGAGUUUCUUAAUGACACCUCACCACCGAUGUCGGCGCCACCAGUGAUGAUGUCACCAUCACACACCCAUCUUCCGUCUCCGGAGGACACACGUGUAUAUGCCUCAUCCUCCAUGUCUUAUCCGGCCUCUCCAUCCCAGACACACACACACAGUCUGCCCCAAACGCUUCUUCCUAUUUCUUCUCCAAUUUCUGUCCCCACUCUCCCUCCAUCUGUGGGUUCAGAGUCCAGUGUUUCACCGUUACCUCAAUUUUCUCCUCUAUUGGGCACUGGGGCAGAUUCUAAAGCCCUUAGAACACACCCUACAGGCCCAGGGGCAGUUCAUAUGGAGGAGGAGGACAGUUUGAGUGAUGCUGGAACUUACACAAUUGAGACCGAGUCUCAGGAUAAAGAAGUAGAAGCAGCUCGCAGUAUGAUCGAUCAGGUGUUUGGAGUGCUGGAUGCUCCAGAAUACAGUGGAGUUUACAGACCGGUCAUCAAUGAGCAAGAUCUCGUAAACCAAACCCAAGCUGAAAUCAUGCACACAUCAGCAGAAGAUCUGAAUGAUCUUAAUUCCAGCAUCAGUGGAGAUCCAGAAAGCUUUCUGCAGGGACAUUCUGACCUGAGUGGACCGAAGUGGGUGUCUCGGUGGGCGAGUUUAGCAGAUACUUACAGUGACCCUGUGGCACCUUUAGGAAGUCCACCACAGGGACCUGUUUCACACAGAGAUGUCAAAGCAGUGCUGAGCCAAAGUGUGGCUCAUUCAGAAUCAGAGUGCACUCAAAGCUCCAAAACCAGACGCCUUCUUCCUCAGGUUCCUUCUGCAGCAGAAAAGCAGGAGAGUAACACUCCCUGUAUCCUGAUCCGGACUGAGCCGAGCGUGGACUAUGAGCCAUCUGAAAAUGUUCCGAGAACAUCACAGCCAGAUUCCACUCAGAGGUUAAAGGUUCAGGAAGAUGUGGAUCAUGAUAGCCUGAGUGACACCAGUCGUUCUGAUGAUAGCUCAGUCCUGGACAGGAGCUCAAAGAGUCAAGAGCAAUACAGAAUGACAGCUUCAUUAAUAUCUGAAAACAUGCAGCCAAAAGCUACUUCUUUCUACAUCGGCUCUGAGGAGGGCUCCUACAGAUCAGAUGCUUCCCGGAGUCCGGUUCUUUCUCAAACUGAGCGGGCUCCUUCUCCCAAGAUGCCUCCAACUACUGUCCUGAUACGACACUUGAGUAGCCACGACUCCAAGCGAUCCGUGAAGCCAAACUCAUCUGCACCAAAUCUCCAAACCCAUAACAAAGAUUCUGUUCCUACCAAAGAACCUCCAUCAUCCUCUUUCGUUCGCCAGGAGAGCUUCACCAAAGAUCGACCAAGUGACAAUAUCCAGCUUAAAAGGUUGCCUCACAUCUCUAGUCAUCCCACUUUACAGGAUUUAGGCACCCUAGGAAGUGAACAAGAAGCUUUAUCAAAGGAAAACAAGCAGUCCACAUCCUCUCAAAGACACAAAAAGGGAAGUUCUCCUGAACAAGCUGAAGAUUCUCUUUCUGGUGAGUCAGAUGUCGACACUGCUAGCACUGUGAGCUUAGUGAGCAGUAAAAAUGGGCCUGUUAGCACAGUUAAGAAACAUGCAUCUUCUAGUGCACUUUGUACGGACAAAUCCUUCUUGGGUUUGUCUUCUCACGAGAAAAAGAGACAGCCAACAGCUCGAGAGCGACUUUCAGAAAAACGUCGCAAUCAUGCAAUUACGGAAAACAGCGCAGCUAAAUCUGAAUCUGCGCAUCGUCUCCAUUUACGCCGCAGCACCGGAAACAGCGGCUCAUUAGAUUUUUCAGACAAUCAGCAGAUUCACAGCCAAACUGAAACCGCCUCUUCUGAUCAAGAAUCAACGUCACGACCUUCUAGUCGCAAGAAACUCUCAGUGUCCCUGCAAAAGCAAGAGUCAAACAAAUCCAAUAAAGCGGCUCAUCAGGCUCUCACUCGGUCCAACAGUCUCUCGGCUCCCAGACCAACGCGUGCCUCCAUGCUGCGCCGCGCUCGGCUUGGAGAAACAUCUGAUAAUGAAGGCGUGGAAACGGAUCGUGCAUCUCAGGGUUCGGAACACACAAAACCCUCUGGAGACACCAAAAAGCUCUCAAGAUUGGACAUUUUAGCAAUGCCACGCAAACGCACAGGAUCUUUCACCACUCCUAGUGAUAAUGAAUCACUGAGCAAACAAACACACAGCCGUUCUGCUGCUACUAAUGCUAACGGGCGGAGAAUGUCCACGAGUGAAACAAAACCAGCCAAUAAAAUUUCUCCAACAGCAGAGAAACAUUCGUCCAGUCGCACACGCACCAGUCAGUCGAAACACACCGGCACAAGCAGUUCUCAUCAGAAACAGAAAGGCUCCGAUUAUUCCUCCACAUCAGAGGAAGAGCGUGACGUCAGCUCUAAAACUAAACACUCUCACACUUCAACCUCGACUCAGACACAAACUCCGCAGAGACUCGUUCCCACUCGGCUGGACAUUGAGGACGAUGAAGCACAAAACGAGCACUACCAGAACUGGACCAAUCACAGUGCGGAGAUCGCCAGGCUGAGUCAGGACUUGGCUAAAGAUCUCGCUAUUCUUGCACGUGAAAUCCAUGAUGUAGCUGGAGACGCCGACACACACACACCUGCGGCAACAGGGUACAACACUCCACCAGGCUCAGUCCCACAAACACCUGCGUCCACGAUCUCCGCCCGAGAGGAGUUGGUGCAUCACAUCCCAGAUGCCAGUUUGAGUUAUCAAAAAGUUCCUGCAGGUUCCCCGAGUCCAGUGGAUCAGGACAGUGACGGAUCCAAACGACGUCCUUGGAACAGAGAAGAGGUGAUUUUGGACAAUCUGAUGCUGAACCCCGUGUCACAGCUCUCACAGGCCAUCAGAGAGAACACAGAACAACUCACCGAGAAAAUGAAAUCUUUAUUCCACAAUACCACAGAAGUUUGGGAGGAGAUUGAAGCCAAAAUAAAUGCUGAAGAUGAAGUUCCUAUAAUUAAAACUUCUAACAAAGAAAUCUCAUCCAUUCUGCAGGAGCUGAGGAGAGUCCAGAGACAGCUGGAGGUGAUCAACUCCAUUGUGGAACCUGGAGGAGGUGUGAAGAUAACAGUGCCAUCUGCUGCAGGAAAAAAUAAAUCCGCACCUGCAAAUGCUAAGCGAGGCGGUAAAUAAG